AUGGGCUCCUUCGCUACUGCCGGCACCAAGCGCCGUCAUGAAGAUGAAGAUGAGGCGGACAACGAGGGCAACCGGGCCCAGCAGGGGCGAAGGAAGCUCGCGAAGACGAGACCGCCCACUGCGGCGACUGCGGAUUUCCUACCGAUGCCUCCGGCACGAGAGUCUACCGGCCUGGUAAGCAAGCGGAAACGGAGUCGCGGUAACGAGGAUGAUGAGACGGAGGAGGAGGCUGAGAGCCAUAGAGGCCGGAGGAAGAUGGCGAAGAUGAGGCAGCCGACUGCAGCGGUUGCAUCAUUCUUUCCGAUGCCCUCGGCACAGGAGCCUGCUGGCCCAGUGGCCAAGCGGAAGCGCAGCCAGGGUGAAGACCAUGAAGAGACUGAGGAGGAGGUUGAUGGCGGCAGGGGCCGUAAGAAGAUCGCGAGGACGCGGGCCCGUCGCACUGAGGGCGGCAAGGAAUAG